AUGGGCGCCGCCGAGGAAUUAGCUGCAGCAGCUCCCAAUUCUUCAAAGGAGGAUCAAGCAAUUACAGAGGAUCAACAGAAGAAGAGUACUGAUGAAGAAGAUAAGAAGAAGAAGGAAGAAGAAGCUCCUCCUCCACCUCCACCUCCAAAGCCUCCGGCUCCUUUUGUCAUAUACAUUGACUUGCAUUGUGUUGGAUGUGCCAAGAAGAUUGAAAAAUCUAUCAUGAAGAUCAGAGGUGUUGAAGGAGUGAACAUUGAGAUGGAAACGAAUCAAGUUACAAUAAAAGGAAUUGUGGAGCCUCAAGUUGUAUGUAGUAAGUUAAUGAAGAGAACUAAGAGAAUGGCUCGUGUUCUUUCACCAUUACCUGUUUCUGAUGAUCAACCCAUUCCUGAUAUUGUCACCUCUCAGGUGAGUGGACUGGUGACUGUGGAACUUAAUGUUAAUAUGCAUUGUGAAGCAUGCGCCCAACAACUUAAAAAAAAGAUUCUCAAAAUGAGAGGUGUGAGAAGUGCGACGACCGAUCUGAGUUCGGAGAAAGUGACUGUGACCGGAACCAUGGACGGGAACAAGCUAGUGGAUUAUGUGUAUAGACACACCAAGAAACAAGCUAAAAUUGUGCCACAACCAGAACCAGAGCCAAAACCAGAACCAGAGUCAAAACCAGAUGAUAAGAAAGAAGAAGAGCCAAAGACAGAACAAGGGGAGGAGAAAAAGGAUCCUACUGAUGAGAAGAAAGAAGAUGGGAGUGCCGGCGCCGGAGAAGGCGAGAAGAAAGAAGAGUCGGCGCCGGAGUCGGCGCCGGAGGAGGAAAAGAAAGAAGGGGGGUCGGGAGAGGAAGUGAUGAAUAUAACAGAGGAACAAGCCAUGCAAAGAAUGGUGUAUUAUUAUCAGCCGUUAUAUGUGAUGGAGAGAAUCCCGCCGCCGCAGUUAUUCUCCGAUGAGAACCCUAACGCUUGUUCUAUUACAUGAUCUUAUUAUUAUUAUUAUGCCAUGUCAUCUUAUCAUCAUUAAUUAAUUGUAUCCCUUUAUAAUUUAUAUCAUA